AUGCAUGGAAGAAAGGCUCAAUCCGGCACGCGCCCGAGCCUUAUAAUAUUUGGGAGCCAUGCGUUGAGCCCUCCGGUUCAGGUCGAGCUGCGGUCCUCAUGGCCCGUCUCCGACAGUCUUCUUGAGCUGUUAGAAACCAUCUAUAUAGAAGAAUCUGAGGCCUUCUUUCCUCUUCUCAACUCCUUGACGAAUCCCGAAACCUUGCCUAACCCGCCGCCGCUCACACCCGAGGAUGUUCACCGUCAUGCGCUUGAGGCAAUACUUGCAGAUGGAUACCUCUCUGUACCCGGCGUUCUUGCUGCGGUCGAAAUGGAUCUCGCGUUGCAUGCGGCCACGCCGAAAUUGGAGGCGUUCUAUCAGUACUAUGCCGACCGGCACGCUUCACGCUUAAAUGAAACGCGGCAAGACUGCGAGUCGUGGGUGGAUUGGUAUGGUGAGGUUGUAUGUGACGCAGAGACGCUGGCACAACUCGCUGGAGUAGAGACAAUAGACCCACCUGAUUUGGGGGAUGUUGAACGGACAUACAGUCGACCAAAGCUUUUACCGUUUGAUCAUAUUCAACCGCAUCCUGACCGUACCCUCGACACACCCCCUCGAACGGCCGUUCUGUACGCUUCCUUGUCCUCGCGGAAUUUUCGCGAACUGCAUGAAUAUCUGUACGCUGCCUCAACUGUUGCAUCUCCCCACGUAGAGUAUGUGUUCAGGCCAAUUCCGUCCGGGAAUAGGGAUCCUGCCGAGCGCGUGUAUCUAUCCGGCUAUGGUGUCGCCUUAGACAUGAAAAAGAUGGACUAUCUUGCAUUGGAUGAUAGAUGGCAAGGCAUCGGCCUGAAAGCCACUCAACUCAUUCAUGAUUCCGACGAGCCGUUGUCAACUCUGAUUCACCUCUCUCAGAACUUUCCUCGCCACGCUACUUCGCUCUCCAGGCGGGUCACAGUUUCUGAAGAUGUUGAGGCCGAGGUUCAGAACAAUCAUGCUAAGGUCGCCCCCGGUGGCAACAUGGCCUGGCUGAAUGGUAUGUUACUUCAGGAGAAAGACAUGAAUCCCUUUGGACUGUUGAGGCUGUUGAGGAGGGAGCGUACGACUAUGCUUUCGUUGACGUCGUUGGGCCUGUCGCCCGGACAGGCAGUCGAGCUACUCACACACGAUGCCAUCGUUCGUGCGCAAGGUCAGAGCAGCGUCCUGGAUGGAAUUUUCGAUGCAAGCGAUCGACCAGAAGAGGGAGAACUUUUGCGGCCAAUGUAUCCGGGUCAGUUCCCAAAUAUCAGGGCGAAUGUCUUCAACGUCGUCCUCGCCGUGGACCUCUCUCAGUCAAGUAGCAUCCACUUCCUUGCCGUCACAGUAUCGAAUAUCAUCAACCGAAACUUCCCAUUCCGAUGGGGUCUCGCGCCCAUUGUCGAGACCGAAGAAGGUGCGCAAAUGGCGCGCCUGGUCUCCUACCUCAUCGAACACUUUGGAAACGUGCAGGCGAUGGAGUUCCUGCGAUUUAUCUCACAAGCUGACAAGCCAAUCGAGGCUUUGGCACCUACGGUCGAUUGGGCCCUAGUCCGCUCUACAUUCAGCGCACUCAUGGCCCAGAGCGAGAUUCCUGAAGGUCUCGCGACAGAUCUCGAUAAAAUCCUCGCUGGUGCUGUGGAUGCGCCGACAAUCAAUACCGACAAAGCUCGUGCCUACGCUCAGAGACUCGGUGUCACGUUGUCCUCAGCUCCGCACGGACAUGUGUUCGUCAAUGGCAAGCAUUUCGAUCUAGAUGACGCCUUCCUGAGGGCAAUGCAAAUCGAAUUUGGUGGGCAAAUGGCAUUCCUCCAAGAAAAGAUCGCGACAGGAAAGCUCACAGAUGAGGAGCUGCCGAACAUAUCGACGUACUUCUACGAUCAGCCCACAUCAGCCAAGAGGCGCAAUGCCUACAUUUACCCGUCUGGCAAGACGGACGACCUGCAAAUAUUCAGUCUGCUUGACCUCGUAGGCAAAAAUGGUUUCCCUAGACAGUCUGAGUCCUUCGUGUAUCCUCCGGAGUCCGAGCGCGUGUCCCUCACCACUUACAUCGUGGCUGAUUUCGACACCAAAGAAGGCAUAUCGCUGGUCAAAGAAGUGCUCACUGCUGUUACCAGCUCGUACCCAUCAAGGGUCUCGUUUAUCCACAAUCCUGCUAAUUUGACCAAAGCGCCAUCCACGGUGGAAACUGCUUCCUCGUCCCUUCUGGCACAACUCAUUUGCCAAGGCAUUCUGCAUCACGUUCCGCCUUCCCGUCUCGUGGAGACUUUGGGACUUGAAGAUGCUAGUGCAGACGAGCAAAGCUCCCAGGUAGUGCUCCCGGCCGCUGGUAGCCUCGAUGAUAUUCUUCAUGAGGGAACGUUGAGCAACAAGGAGUAUGAUGAUUAUGUUCGCAGUAGUCGUUUGAUCGUUCGCGACCUCAAGCUGGAGCCAGGGGAACAAGCGCUAAUCGUGAAUGGUCGUGUGGUUGGGCCCUUUGAACCUGAAGAAUUUGUGGCCGAGGACCUCGGCGCUCUAGCGACCUACGAAAUGAGGACGCGCGUGCAGCCCGUUAUAGAUGCUCUUGAGAGCAUUUACGAAGGGCUGAACGAUCUCGAUCGGGCAUCGUAUACUGAUAUUGUCACGUUGGCAUCGUCCAUAGUCUCAUCCAUUCAGCUCCCCGACGCUAGCGGGGUUGGAUUGUUCAAUGCGCCUGAAAAGCCUCGCCAGCGCAGAUACCAGCUCCUUGAUGGAGAAUACACUGCACACAUCUUCGGUGACAAUACCACUGCGAUGUACCAUUUUGGCAUCGUCCUUGAUCCGCUCAGCGAGGCUGCUCAGAAAUGGUCCAGUCUCAUCCAAUGGCUCCUGCAUAUCCCUGGGGUUUAUACCGAACUUCACAUCAACCCGGCUGUGUAUGGCGAGUUGCCUCUCAAACGGUUCUACCGAUACAACCUGCUGCCACGACCGACCUUCCAUGAGAACGGAGAGGAGGUCCACGCGAAAACCAAAUUUAUAGGACUACCUGUUGAGCCAAUAUACACCUUGGCCAUGGAUGUGCCACAAUCUUGGCUUGCUCGGCCCCGGGAAGCCCUUCAUGAUCUGGACAAUAUACUGCUCGGUGCAUUGUCGGCACACGAACGCGAUCGAGGUGUUCACGCUGUCUUCGACCUCGAUUAUCUGGUGAUUGAGGGCCACGCACGUGAACCCCUCACGCAUGUCCCUCCGCGGGGUGUACAGCUUCAGCUUGUAACUCAUGCCGGCACUGCGAUCGCAGAUACUCAGGUCGUCGCGAACCUGGGGUACCUCCAGUUUCGCACUAAGCCAGGCGUAUUCCACUUGGAGAUCCGUCCCGGGAGUGGGCGCGAGAUAUUUGAAAUGGAAAGUGUCGGUAAUGAGGGCUGGGAUAGCUCGCCCGUUGACGAAGUUGGGAAUGAGAUCACUUUGACGAGCUUCGAGGGGCUCACGUUGUACCCCCGACUGAGAAGACGCCCUGGAAUGGACCGAGCGGACGUUCUCGCCGAUGCUGUGGAGGGGAGCUCGGCGCCCAAGGGGCUAUUAACUGAGUUGACGUCGCGGUUGUCUUCCAUAUUCGCAGGCCACAAGAACACUGAUUUAGCGUCAUCCGGUAGCGGGCAAGCAGAUAUCAAUAUUUUUACCGUUGCGUCGGGUCUGCUAUACGAGCGCUUCGCUUCAAUUAUGAUCCUGAGUGUCCUUCGGAAUACCAAUACUCAAAGUACCGUCAAGUUCUGGUUCAUUGAGAAUUUCCUCUCUCCCUCGUUCCUGGAAUUCAUCCCGCAUUUCGCCAAAGAAUAUGGUUUCCAGUACGAACUAGUGACAUAUAAAUGGCCGUCUUGGCUACGAGCACAGAAAGAAAAGCAGCGCAUCAUAUGGGCAUACAAAAUUCUUUUCCUUGACGUCCUUUUCCCUAUGGAUUUGAAGAAGGUCAUCUUCGUCGAUGCUGACCAAAUUGUCCGCACGGACCUCAAGGAGUUGGUUGAUCUCGACCUGCAUGGUGCUCCGUAUGGGUACACUCCGAUGGGCGACGAUAACGUUGAGAUGGAAGGUUUCCGGUUUUGGAAAACUGGAUAUUGGAAGGAAUUCUUGCAUGGCAUGGCAUACCAUAUCAGUGCCCUCUACGUUGUAGAUUUGGUUCGUUUCCGACAGAUUGCAGCAGGAGACAAACUUCGCGGUCACUAUCAACAACUGUCAGCAGACCCUAAUUCGUUGGCUAACCUCGAUCAGGAUCUGCCAAAUAACCUCCAGCGAGAAGUGCCCAUCUUCUCUCUGCCUGAAGAUUGGUUAUGGGUGUGUAGCAAGGAUCGGCUGCACCGGGCGAAGACCAUCGACUUGUGCCAAAAUCCGCUUACGAAAGAACCUAAACUUGCUAGAGCGCGGCAAAUCCCUGAAUGGGAGGAGUAUGAUGGAGAAAUUGCGAAUUUUGCACGGCGUCUUGCAGAGGAUGGGAGGAUGCGCUCGGAGAUUGUUGCAGCCGACGUCAAUGUUCUGGCUGAUGUGGGUGCCGCACGCGUGGCGCCAGGAUCCCCUAUCGAAACACAGGAACAUUCCAGGGACGAAUUAUAAUUCCAUAGUCAGAAAUUGCAGCCUAACUUAUACUAAUCGCGUUCAUUCUUUGGA